AUGCCGUUAUUUCGGAGUCCGAUAACAGAUUAUAGGUCUUUUGAGGAGCAGCGUGGCUUGAGUCUGAUACGAGAGACUUUGAAGCUUGGCAUCAAUUAUGUGGAGACGGGGCCGUGGUAUGGGCAAGGCUCUUCGGAGAGAACCAUUGGAAUGGCCUUAAAAGGAGUCCCGAGAAACAGUUUUUACAUAGCGAGCAAGGUGGGGCGCUACGAGCGCGAGCCCGAGAAGAUGUUCGACUUCUCUGCAGAAAAAACUGAAUUUGGAGUCGACAACACUCUUAAGCUGCUCGGCGUGGAAUACUUGGAUGUAAUACAGGUGCACGAUGUGACCUUUGCUCCGGACACCUCGAUCAUACUGAAGGAGACUCUGCCGACUCUGCAGAAGGCCGUCAACGAUGGCAAGGCGCGUUACAUUGGCAUCGCGGACUACAACAUCGACCUGCUGAAGGAAAUUGUUGAGGAAUCAGAGGUCAAGAUAUCCGUUGUCCUUUCAUACGCCAAAUCAACAUUACUAGAUAAUCGGCUUCAAAACUACGCGUUAUAUUUUAAGCGUCGUGGUAUAGGCGUAAUCAACGCGGCGGCUACCGGGAUGGGCCUACUCACCAACAAGGGCCCGCCGUCCUGGCACCCAGCUAGCGACGAGAUCAAGGCAUUGUGCCGUGAGGCGGCCGAGUUCUGUAGGAGUCACAAAGUGGAACUGGCCCGCCUGGCCACCCACUUCGCUAUACACCAACCCCACAUUGACACAAACGUCUGCGGCUUCCUAAACGCUCAUCAGUUGUAUGACACUAUGGAGGUCAUGAGGAAGGGCCUAACAAAAAUUGAGGAGAAAGUGUACGAGGAAGUCAAAACCAGGUAUUUCUCUAAAGGAGUACUACAUUGGGAUAAUGUCGAGCUUCCUAACCAUAAAAGAAAGCUUUUACAGGAU